UCGAGCCCCUUUUCCGCCUCUAGACAUGAGCGAGGGACGUGAUGGCGACGAGGAUGUCCUGGGGGAGUGCUGGAUUACCACGUGGGAGCAGCAGACCCUUCAGGAGCUGGAGGGAGAGCCAGACCACCAGGAACACCUACAGGGCGAGGCUGACGCUGCUGCAGAAAAGCUUUGGUCGCUUUUCCAAUCAGCGGCCCAGUGCGUGGCUGUCAUGUAUAAAGGUGCAGCGGACAGCCAGCACUCCAUGUGGGUCCCCUUCCAGACAGCGGCCGGCCACAUCACUGCUCUGUACAAAGAUGCAGUGGAGUGUGUGCGGCGGGGUGGCGAGGUGGGUAUGCAGGCCGGCUAUCAGAGGAGGACCCGUGAGGUGCUAAACUGGACCCGGCGUCGGAGGCACUUCCGUCGCGAGGAGCUGUUGGCAUUCCUGGCAGGCAAGACACCACCACACCGACCAGCACAUCUCAGAGGGUCACCCCGCACUCGCAUCACCCUGGAACGCAUGAGCCCCCGCCUGCCCAGCCCCCACCACCCCCACCACCACACCCACAACCCAGAGCCCGACCUCAGCACCUUCCGGGAAGCCCUCGGCAUACCUGGUCAGCCCGGCCUCACAGUGCGGCCAUCCUCCGUGGGGUCAACUGCCCUGUCGUCCCGCCGCCGCAGCUCAGCCCACCUGCCGGAGCUCCAGGCCUUCCUGAGCGACGAGUUUGCCCGAAACAAGCGGCCAGCCCCCUCCUCCUCCCCCACUCACGAUGUUACCAUGGACUCACCUCAGCACAAGCGUUCCCGUUAUACCUAAGAACCCUGUCUUAACGUAGCUCUGUUCUUUCAGCUUCGAUUAUUUUCCGUCUUCAUUUAGUGCGUGCAUGUGUGAAUGUGAGUAUGAGAGCGAGAGAAAGUAUAAUUUUGUGCCUAAGAUGAUGUAACUGCUGUUUCUUCCCCCUCGUUAUCCCUUUCGUUAUACUAUAAAUUUCAUGCUGUGUGUUACGAAUUCUUGAGUUAUCUUUAUGCUGCUCAUUUAUGGUUUUCCUGCUGCUGUGGGGAAAGAAAACUGUUCCCAGGAAGACAUGAAGUGAACACAUCUUUCCUGGGAAUGGAUUUCAUUUGCAGUGUGCAGGAUAAGCAUCACGUGAUGAAUAAACGUACGUUACCCAAGCAAAUGGUAGGCUGGCUUUACGUUUGGUGGCCGUUUGCUCAAGUCUGCAGAUAAUGCUGAACAGUCAUUAUUUUCAACAGUAGCGCAGGUGGCGGCAAGAUAAUUAAGUAUUAGGUGAGGUGCAGGUGGUGGGCAACCCAUCGCACACCUGGCACACAACACCUGCCUCUGCCUGUAAUGAAGUCUUCUAGAAAUGGAGUAUAGUAAAGAAGUAUUAAUUCCCCUUCCCUGCCAGAAUCUGAUGUUCCAACAGUUAAUACAUUUUGUGCCUGUCUGUAUGUAUCUGAGAACACUAUUUUUGUGGCUGCCUGUGAAUGUGUGUUGUUUUGGAGUGAAGGUGAGCCUUGCUUCUCUUAGGGAGCACAAAGUAUUGGAAUGAGUCAUUGGAUGAGGAGUGUUGGCCCAGCAAACUGUUUCUUCCAGUAUAUGUAUUGUACAUAAAUGUGUUUUGUUUUCAAGUAAUUUGAGCUUUACUCAUUUGUUGCAGCUUUGUUUACUCUAGAGCACACCUUGGGUGUUUAAACGUUGUUGCUUAUUUUCUUCCAGUUUAGCUAAACUAUUCUUUUUCAUUGGAAUUUUAUGUUUAUGAAAAUAAUCAGGCCAGAGAGUUUUGAGGUGUGCCUGGCUGGACAGUGGUGUGUACAAAGUUUUCUUUCCACUGAUCAGCGUGUUGAGCAUUGCGAGAGAGAUCUCGGUGAACACUGUUGAAGUUUGUCAAAUUUGAUAAUUUGUAGCAUGUUAAAGUAGUGUUGGCCCAACACCUCAUGUUUGUCAUUAACUCUAUUUUGGGGAUAGUAUUGGAUGAAUGGAUAACAUUAUGAAAAGGUUGAAAAGAUUGGCUUUAAUUAAUUCAGCUUUCCCCUUGUGGCAUAAUACAGAUGAAAAAUUAAUAUUAAGGGAGAUGGAGAAACAAUGCAAAGAGCAUGAUUCAGUGUUGACACUGGAGAUUGCUGAAGCCUUCUUAAGAGGUGGAGAAGCUGAGUAAUUUUAUCCUGGAGAGCCAGGUGUGCACUUCUCUGGGGAAACAAAAGUUUUCGGCUCAAACUGGUGUGGUAUGCUGCCACUGAGGUGAGGCAGUGUGAUGAGUUGUGACGUAAUGCAAGUGGUGAGGCGUGAGUGGUGAUGAGGAGAGAGAGUGAGUGUGUGUCCCUCCCCCGGUGUGUGUCUUGUGUUACUUGAGUGCACGGAUGACUUCACGUGUGAGUAAUGUCUAAUUUUAUGUUCAAGUUUGGUUCAUAAUUUGUUACACAACUGUGUGAAAUUAAAAAUUUCCCUCAUAAUCUGAUUUCUUUAAUGCUUUAGAAAGUUGUCAGAUUUUUUUAGUCAUCGUAACUGCCAGUGUGAGGCAGGAACCUCAUGUCUCCUUCAGCUUUAUAAGGAUCUGUUUACAUCCUCACUGCUCUUCAUGGUGAACGGUGAACACGACGAAUGCUUUUUGUACUUUAGGUUCAAGUGUGCGAAUGAGUGUGUGUGCCUGCGUGCAUUUAGCAAUUUUUUUAUUAUUUUUUAUUAUGAAUUAGUCAUUACUGGCCCUGUGGUAAUUUUAGUGAACAUUAUAAUAAUAAUCGUGGUAGUUCCCCAAGGGAUGACUGCAAUAUUUCAUCUCAAAGACAAUACCUGACUGUCACUAUAGCCAAUGCACCCACCUCUCAGGCGUUCCGUGGUGCUCCAGUUACCCCUAAGUUUAAACAAGUUAUGCUCCACUUUGUCAAGGCUCUCGGCCACCUCCCACCAUUACACAGCUGACUGGAUGACCCAAGGUUGUGCAAGGAAAGAUCAUAACUAGCACUGCAGAAGUGUUCAAUAUUAUUAUUUUUUAUGUCAUCAUUAUUGGUAUUUUCCUUCCUUGCUCUGCCUAUGGAAGUGACGGUUUAUGAUCCUUUGUUUUCUCCUUUGGCUGUAUGUGUUUUGUCAUCUUCCUGGGGCUUGACCUUUCUCCAUCUUGCAUGUGUAGGGAGUGGGAAAAUUAUUAUUAUUAUUUUUAUUAUCAUUAUUAUUAUUACUAUUGUCAUUAUCAUCAUUAUUGUUGUUAUUAUUAUUAUUAUUAUUAUUAUUAUUAAUAAUUAGAAUUGACAAUACAGGAAAAGAAGCCACCCUGUAAAAAUAAAUAUUCUGUUUAGGAAUGUCAUUCAAAUUGUAUACUGAAUUUGACUGAGUUGUUUAUGGUUAAUUAAUUAUAAUGAGUAUUUUCAUUUCUAAUUCUCUUCACAUAAAAGAUAGAGCCUCACUUUGAUAAUUAUUUUCUAUUCAGGAACUCGGACUUCAAGUUAUACAUAAUUUUUUUCAACAAUGUUAAAUGGAUCACAACGACUGAGGUUACUUCUAUGUUGUGUGAAAGGCUGCCCGGCUGCCCUUGAGACUGAGAUGACCCCAAAAAAGUGGUAAUGAUGCAAUGCUAUUGUUUCAUUCAAGAUGAGUUUUCUAACACUUGUUACUCCUGUCAGGUUACCUAUUAAUGACAAAAACACAAGAUACAAAAAUCAUUUAGGAUCAGUAGUGCAGGUGUCACUGAAAACCGGAGGCAGAGGAAGGGUAUCGAGGGAAGUAUCGUGUGGAGGGAAGAGAAACCUGUCGGAGGAGAGACAGCAUAGCAUGAAGGGGCGAGAGUCUGGAGGGAGGAGAGACGGAACUAGGGAUUCCAGGAGGCUCUACAGUUUUUGCUAAGAAAUAUAUAUAUUGCUAUUUUUAUAUUACGGUGGCAUUGGUAUUACUACAUGAUUAUACCUGUAAGUAUUGAAAUAGCAAUUACUGCCGGAUGAGUGUAGAGGUUCUGUGUACAUAACCAAAAUUGUUGAUGUGUGAAGAAUUGAAACUCAGUGCUUGUGGGGAAUUUACUUAAACUGCUGAGAGAAGGUCUGUCAAGCCUCUCGUGCCGAACACAAUUUCACUACCCCUCCCUUUUUAUUUUUUAUUUUUGCCAUAAAGUUUAGACUAAGCAACACGAUACCUCUUAUAUGUGUAUAUGUAUGUAUAUGGAUUUAGGUAUAUACAUAUAUAUGCUCAUAUAUUAUGCUCUGUAUGAUAAUGUAAUUACUUAGUAAGAUGUUCAUUGACAAUUUUACUACAUAACCUGCCCUCAACUCUACAUGACUGUAAUACAUACACACACGAAGUGUCAUACACUGCAAUGUUGCUCAUACAUGCUGUUUCCACCGCUCUGGAGAGGCGCAGUGAGGCGCGGCGGCGGCCUCUUCACUGCUUGUCUGUCUGUCUCUGCGUCUGUCUGUCCCACCACCCGGCGGGGGAGGACGGCCCCCGCCCCUCCACCCGAGGACUCCGCGCCGCAGAUCCCCCGCCAGCCAGGAGGGGCGCCCCGGAGCAAUGCAGAACUAUGUAUCUCUUACAAAACUGAAUAAAAAGUGCAACAUAUACA